GUACACCGUAGUACCAGGACAUAUAACUUAUAAGUACCGUCAAUGUUCUCUAAAUAACCAAUCCCUUCUAAAAUCUGCUCUGUGUCCGAAAAUAUUUAAGCAGACAUGGCCGUAACACGUCAAACAAGAGCCUCGGCCAGAGUGUUAAGUGACACUGCACUCAGUCAACUGUCGAAAAGAGCUGGAGAGACUAACGGGAAGCCCCCUCUGCUUGAGAAGUCCGAGGGAAGACCCGAAUCCUCGUUCCAAGGGAAAUUAGAGCAGUUUCAAUUCGCGGACGCCGCCAAAGAGCCAGGAACCAGAGCAAAAAAUGCGGCAGACCAGGAACCUCUAUCCCGAACUCGCUCGCCCCUCAAACGAGGCCGCGUCGAUGUCGUGAGCGAAUCCACCAAAUCUCCCUCCCGCUCCGCCUCCUCCUCCCCAUCCAAACGCUCCCGCCCUUCCAGCAAAUACGCCGCCCCCUCCAAAUACGCGCACCUCUCCCCUCUCCGCGACAUCCUCGCCCCCCACCUCAUCUGCAUCUUCAUCGGCGCCAACCCCGGUAUCCAAACUGCCACGUCCGGGCACGCCUACGCGCACCCGUCCAACCUCUUCUGGAAGCUCCUCCACUCCUCCGGAUGCACGGACCGCCGCUGUCGGCCGGAGGAAGACGCCGAGCUCCCGCGGCUGUACGCGAUGGGGAACACGAACAUCGUGGAGCGGCCGACGCGCGACGUGGGGGAGCUAUCGAAGGCAGAGAUGGUGGCGGGGACGGCGGUGUUGGAGGAAAAAGUGGCGAGGUGGAGGCCCGAGGCGGUGUGUAUUGUGGGUAAGGGGAUUUGGGAGGCGGUAUGGCGGUAUCGGCAUGGGCGGUAUCCGAGGGCGGGGGAGUUUGCGUAUGGGUGGCAGGAGGUGGGGGAGAAUAUGGGGAAGGUGGAGGGGGAAGAGGGGUGGGAUGGGGCGAGGGUGUUUGUGGCGGCGAGUACGAGUGGGGUGGCGGCGUCGUUGAAGCCGGCGCAGAAAGAGGAGAUUUGGAGGCCGUUUGGGGAGUGGGUGAAGGGGCGGAGGGAGGAGAGG